AUGGUCAUCACAGCGAGAAGUUUCAUGAGUGAUACCUACCUUCGCCCCACCCCUUCCCUAGCCAACAAUCGCGUCCACUAUAAAUUGAAAGAGCAAGAGGGCCGUUGCAAAUCAUCAAGAGGUUGGGGAAAAAAGAUGAGUUCAUUUGAUAUUAAACUUGUUAUACUCUCACUGAACUUGCUCUUCAUCACCCUAUCGGAAGCAAAGGCACAUGUGACUAUUAUAAGUAAUGUGGAGAAAGGCACUCUUAAAAUUCAUUGUUAUUCCAAAGACAAUGAUCUCGGAAUCCACUAUCUGGCCUACGACCAGUCUUUUGAUAUCAAUUUCGUGCCAAACUUUUGGGGUAAUACCAAGUUUUACUGUGACUUCACCACUCAAUUUGGUUCAGGAAACUAUGCUGUUUACGAUCGCCUAAUGGAAUCUAAAAGAUGCGGUCUUAAAUGUGUGUGGUACAUAAAUGAGAACGGGCCAUGUUUAGUGCUAAACCCCUCGCUAAACCUGUGGUGUCAACCGUGGAGGAAUGCAAGCAAACGGUUGCAGAAAACACAUAAGAAUUGA